GCGGGCGGGCGGCGGCAAGAUGGCGGUGCAGGCUGUGUACUUGGAGGCUGACGCGUUCCUGGUGUGCCUGAACCAUGCGCUGAGCACCGAGAAGGAGGAGGUCAUGGGGCUCUGCAUCGGCGAGGUUGAUACCAGCCGCAUCGUUCACAUCCACUCUGUGAUCAUCCUGCGCCGCUCGGAUAAGAGGAAGGACCGUGUGGAGAUUUCACCAGAGCAGCUUUCAGCUGCCUCUACUGAAGCGGAGAGGUUGGCUGAAAUGACAGGACGUCCCAUGAGAGUUGUGGGCUGGUAUCACUCUCAUCCUCACAUUACUGUCUGGCCAUCACAUGUUGAUGUCCGCACACAAGCGAUGUAUCAGAUGAUGGACCAAGGUUUCGUAGGGCUUAUCUUUUCCUGCUUCAUCGAGGACAAAAACACAAAGACAGGCAGGAUUCUCUACACCUGUUUCCAGUCCAUUCAGGCCCAGAAGAGCUCAGAAUAUGAAAGGAUCGAAAUUCCUAUUCACGUUGUCCCCCAUGAAACCAUUGGGAAAGUGUGUCUGGAAUCAGCUGUAGAGCUGCCCAAGAUCCUUUGCCAAGAAGAGCAAGAUGCCUACAGAAGAAUUCACAGUGUUCACAAAGAACCUCUGCAGCCAGAUGUCAGCCAUCAGUGGGCCUCUCCUUCAGUGGCUGGAGGACAGACUAGAGCAGAACAAACAGCGGGUGCAGGAGCUGCAGCAGGAGAAGGAGCAGCUCCUGGAGGAACUCGCUGCCUUAGAAUGAAAGAGGAAACGCAGACCCUUCAGAAAAGAGACAUGAGAGAAACUCUGCAAGACCUACUCCUGGCUGAAGGGUGGCCUGACAUUGCCUUACAGUGAAGAUGCUAGCAAUGCCUCCUGCCCCAGGCAGCAAAGAGCACUUCUGCAGGAUAAGGGCUUAUCUGCCCCACCUUGACUGAUGGCAAGCAGUGGUAUCUCUCCAGGUGAUGCAUGAUGCAGUGCAGUCACAGCUCAGUGGUGGGGUUGGGCAGCACCUGAAGAGACUUCAGUUCUGGAGGGCACACAUCUAGGGAGCAUGCUGUUUCUCCCUCCCCUGUAUUUUGACAGAAGUCUUAUUGCUUUACAUGUAUUCCGGGAGCCUAGAACAAGAGGGUUAGACAGGAACAGUGUGUCCCUGCAGGCAUAUCUGAUGCUGCCAACUUCUGCCUUCUUUUAGUAGCUUCAGUUGACUGUGAUCUAGUAACAGAUUACUGGUUAUCCACCCAGGCAGGUAGGAGGUGGGAGGGAAGCUUGGGAAGAAACCUGGAAGAACUUUGACAGUAGUUAUCUGUGUUCAGCAUACUUGAAACCAAAUAAAGAAUUCCAAAGCCAGAGCUUUUUGGAGUAGAAAUGUAGUGGAUGCUACAAAGGGCCAGUGCCUGCAUUUUUUUGGACACAGUUUGUAUUCUCUUACUUCAUGUAAUGCUGUUGAUCCUCAGCACUGAGGUUCUCUCUGCAAAAUGGACUGUUUCUGCUGGCUCAGUGGGAGGAGUGUGGUUCCUUCCAGAGGGAAAGAAGAGAACUGAUAGCUGUGCAAGCCUGUCAUUCUUACACACUAAACUUAAUUGCAGAAAUGUUAUUAGAUUGAAGUGGAACAAAGUACCUGUUGCUGAAGUAAGCCUUCAGGUGUUCUUGCUGUUGCAUUUCAGAGUAUCCCCCAUCACAUACACAGUCAUCUGCAUUCUGUUACUUGGGGUCUGUCUCAUGUGAAUGAAGGAGCCAACAGCACA